AUGGGAGACGCCGGAUUUGCUCCGGCCGCCGGCCCCUGGUGUGCCCCGCCCGCCGCCGACCCCUGGCGCCCCUGGCGCGCCCUGGAGUCCGCGCCGGACGCCAGGGUCGCGAGCGCCGCCGCCGCGGGCGCCGCCGGGGCCGCGGGCGCCACCGGAUCUGCUCCGGACGCCGGCCCCUGGCGCGCCCCGACUGUCGCCCCGCCUGCCGCCGGCCCUUGGCGCCCCUGGCACGCCCUGGAGCCCGCGCGGGACGCCGGGGCCAUGAGCGCUGCCCCCGCGCCCUUCCCCUGUGCGCGCGCGAGCCUUGCUGGUGCAGCCUGUGCUGGCCAGGCGGCCCCUGCUGCAGCCGCAGCUGCUCUUGCUGCCGCUGGCCCUGCCACAUCUAGGGUCGCGAGCGUGGCCCCUGCUGUAGCCGCUGCGGCCCAGGCCGCCGCCGCCCAGCUUGCCGCUGCAGCCUCCUCUGCACGCGCGUGGUCCCAGGGCGCCGCCGUCGCCGCAGAGCCCUUGGCCGCCGCUGCUGCCUCCUCCGCGGGCGCUGCCUCCUCUGCGCGCGCGUGGGCCUCCGGUGCCGCCGCAGCUGCAGUGCCCGCCGUGGCCGCCACGGGUGCCGCGCGAGCUGCGGGCGCCGUGCGCGCCGAGGACGCCGCGCGCGCCACGGGCGCCACUGCACACGCCGCGGGCGCCGCCGGUUUUACCGGCACGUCGGCACCGUUUCUGGUGAUCCCUGCUGCGCCGAGCGCGGCCCCGGUGCCCGUGGUCGUGCCACGCGCGGUCCCCGGACCUUCGGUCGUGCCGCGCGCGGACCCGGAUGGAAUGGGAAAGGCUAUCAGGGAUGAUUAUGGAUGA